CCUCCCCGGACGCGGAGCGGAGUUUCCUCCUGUCUCAUCGCUCUCUGCCCCUCGUCUUUCACCCUGCCAGGCGUCGUCAGCGCUGCAGGAGCCGCAGCUGCACACGAUGAUCCCGCAGUUUGCGCUCCGCUCGCAGGCGGAGAGACUUCUGCGGAGGCUGUGGAUGCGUCGUGCGCCGCGAUCCGCCGCAGCAAGUCGCGGCAUCCACGUGGACUCCGCCCCCAUCAUGCCGGUUCUCACAACCAGUUACGCCCACGGCACCUCGUCCACGCCUUUGCGCCACACGACGAUAGCAGAGUCUCUGCUGAGGACUGUGGAGCGCUGGCCUGACAGGGAGGCCAUGGCCUUCCUGCAGGACGGAGUCCGCAAGACCUUUGCAGAGUUUCAGAAGGACGUGGACCAGGCUGCAGCCGGGCUGUUGGCGCUGGGACUGACGAAGGGCGACAGGCUCGGCUUGUGGGGACCCAACACUUACGAGUGGAUCCUGUUCCAGUUUGCGACGGCCAAAGCCGGAAUCAUCAUGGUGGCUGUGAACCCGGCGUACCAGACGCAGGAGGCGGAGUUUGCGCUGCGGAAGGUCGGGUGUAAAGCCGUCGUGUGUCCCACGUGGUUUAAGACCCAGAAGUACUGCGACAUGCUGCGGCAGAUCUGUCCGGAGAUCGACACGUCCAGGCCCGGUGACAUCAAGAGCGCCAGGCUUCCAGAUCUGCGCUCUGUGAUUCUCCUGGACAGUCGACAGCCGGGAACGUUUCACCUGGACGACGUGAUGCAGGCCGGCAGCAGCCAGUUCGCGCAGCAGCUGCAAGAUCUGCAGAGGAAGAUCAUGUUCGACGACCCGAUAAACAUCCAGUUCACUUCGGGCACAACUGGGAGACCGAAGGCCGCCACCUUGUCCCAUCACAACGUCGUCAACAACGCCUACUUCGUUGGCAAACGAGUGGGAUACGACUGGAGGCCUCACACUCGGAUCUGUCUGCCCGUGCCGCUGUACCACUGCUUCGGCUCGGUGGGUGGGGGGCUGUGCAUGGCCCUCCACGGCGUCUCUCUCGUCUUUCCGUCCGCCGGCUACGACGGAAAGGCCAACUUAGCGGCUCUGGAGAGCGAAAGAUGCACCUUCAUCUACGGAACCCCCACCAUGUACGUAGACAUGAUCAACCAGCCCGUCUUGGCAAAAACCGACCUGUCGUCAGUGGAAGCAGGCAUCAUGGCGGGUUCCCCGUGUCCUCCGGAGCUCGUGAGGAGGGUUUUCUUUGAUAUGGGCAUCAAGGAAAUAACAGUUGGAUAUGGAACCACGGAGAACAGCCCCGUCACCUUCUGCGCCUCCCCGACGGACAACAUGGAGAGGAAGAGCGAGACCGUCGGCUACAUAUUGGACCACAUCGAGGCUAAAAUAGUGAACCCGUCCAGCGGGGAGCUCGUACCUCUGGGGGCGGCGGGGGAGAUCAUGAUCAGAGGAUACUGCGUGAUGCUGGAGUACUGGGGCGACAAAGACAAAACAGACGAGUGCAUCAGUAAGGACGGCUGGUACAAAACCGGCGACAUCGGCAGCAUGGACGCGUACAGCUACUGUCGCAUCCAGGGCCGGAUCAAGGACAUGAUCAUCAGAGGAGGAGAGAACAUCUACCCGGCGGAGAUUGAACAGUUCCUGCACACGCACCCCAAAGUGAUGGAGGCUCAGGUGGUCGGAGUUAAAGACGCUCGCAUGGGCGAGGAGGUUUGUGCCUGUAUCAAACUGGUGGACGGAGAAAACUGCACUGCGGAGGAAAUCAAGGCUUUCUGCAAGGGCCAGAUCGCUCACUUCAAGAUUCCCCACUACGUUCUGUUUGUAACCAGCUACCCGCUCACUAUUACCGGAAAGGUGCAGAAGCACAAACUCCGCGAGGACACCGAGAAGCAGCUGGGACUGACGCAGGGGAAAUGAGAAGCUCCGCCCACUUCUGUACGUUGUACCGCAGACGUAUUAGCAUCAUAUACCAGCCAACGUGGAAAAAAAAAAUCUCAGGAGGCUGCAGAUGUGAGAGAGACGGACGUGAGGCGACACACUGAGCCUGAAUCCACUUGUUAAAUGAUGAGAAGUUAUAUUGUGUAUGUUUUAUAUUGUGAAUGUUUUAGUUUUUUUACAGCCAACAAAUCACACAAAGACCAAAUGAAUUAAUCCAACAAGUACAGUCAGAACGCAAAUGUGGUGAUCGAGUGUCUGACUCGCGACGAUCUCCCACUGUCCCGAAACUCUGGACUCAUUUAUCCGGACAGUUUUCCAGAGUUCGGAGAUACAAAAGCAUCCGAUUCACAGUGACAAGAUGUGUUGGGAUGUUACAGCCUAUAAGAUGAUUUUAAACUUUAUAUCUGUGAGCCGUUCUGUAAAGCUUUUACAUCUUCACUUUCGAAGGGUUUGCAGUUUUGUGAAUGAUUUGUCCACGAUAGGAGAAAUCUAGAAAAACACCAGACUGACCCUUUAACAAACCCGUUGUUUAAUAGUGGAGUUGUGACCCAAAUGUGAACCCAACAACAUCACAGCUUCACCCAGAAACAGUCAGUGUAUUCUUCUUUUUGUACAACACCAUGGCUUAAACUUUGUACUACAUUAUUAAAACCAGGCGUGGGUGUUUCUCUCUCUUUA